UUAGAUAUAAUGACCUCACCCACAAACAUUUUUCAUCAGAGAAUAUCAUAGAAAUGUCACACAUGCCAGCAUGAUUACGCCUGAAGCACUGAGGUCAUCUAAUUUGUUUUGAUCAUGUCUUGUUGCUAUGAAUCCUGACCUGGGAUGAGUAAUGCUGAGAUGGGAACUUUCUGUUCCAGGUAAAGAUGAGCUUCUGUUUCCGAAGAAGACUCAGCCUGUUCAAAUAUUCAUCCUCUUUCUAAAGCAAAAUAAGUCUGUAUAUGCUAAGACAUGGGGGACUCCAACAUCAGCCACAUGGUAGUGGCUUACACAGAGAUGCAGGACACUCUCCCAGCAGGCAAGUUGGAUCAUUACAUGGACAAUUAUGAUACGGACUAUGGCAUCUCUCCGGAUGAGAUCCCAGACACCACGCAGGGCCAGGCCUUCUUUGUGGCCACCAUUGUUAUCGGCAUGGUCCUUGUCUGUAUCAUGCUUGUCUGUGGGUUGGGAAACUUCAUAUUCAUUGCCACUCUGACACGCUACAAAAAGCUCCGCAACCUCACCAACCUGCUGAUUGCAAACCUAGCCAUCUCAGACUUUAUUGUAGCAGUGGUGUGCUGCCCUUUCCUGGUGGACUACUACGUGGUGAAACAGCUGUCCUGGGAUCAUGGAUUGGUGUUGUGCGCCUCUGUCAACUAUCUUCGGACUGUGUCACUCUACGUGUCCACAAACGCAUUGCUUGCUAUUGCAGUUGACAGGUACAUGGCCAUAGUCCAUCCUCUGAGGCCUCGUAUGAAGUAUCAAACUGCCUACUGCCUGAUAACAGGAGUCUGGAUUGUUCCCAUCCUAAUCUCAAUCCCCUCUGCCUACUUUGCCUCUGAGACCAUGUACCCUCAUGGUGGCACCACCCCAACCACUCACAAAGUCUUCUGUGCCCAGAUCUGGCCUGUGGACCAACAGGCCUACUACCGGUCGUACUUCUUGUUUGUUUUUGCUGUUGAGUUUGUUGGCCCUGUGAUUGUCAUGGCACUGUGUUACGCCCAAAUUUCCCGUGAGCUCUGGUUCAAGAAUGUCCCAGGUUUCCAGACGGAGCAGAUUAGGAAGAGGUUGCGUUGUCGGCGCAAGACAGUGAUGGUCCUGAUAGGGAUCUUGACGGCGUACAUCCUGUGCUGGGCACCAUACUACGGCUUCACUAUCCUGCGAGAUUUCCAUCCAACACUCAUCUCCCGCCAGAAGAACUCAUUGGUGGCUUUCUACAUCAUUGAAUGCAUUGCCAUGAGCAAUAGCAUGAUUAAUACAUUCUGCUUUGUCAGCGUCAAGAACAACACAGUUAAGUACCUGAAGAAGAUUGUACUGCUGCGCUGGAGGUCCACAUAUGCCCCCAGUAAGACUGUGGAUGAGAUGGAUAUGAGGACCUCCUCCAUGCCCGUGACUGAGGAGAUUGAAUGCAUUCACCUGAGGUGAAGGGAAGAAACUCUGUAAUCUAACAGUCAUUGAGAUUUGGACUGUUGAUAUGAAGAAACGACAUACAGUAGA